GUAAAAGUGAAGAUCUGUACAAAAGGCUCAGGCAUUUACAGAAACUGUCGGUGUUUUAAAUGUUCUUUCAACAUGAAGAUUGCUUAAUUCUACUUCCAAGAAUUUCUAGUUUCAUUUUUUAAAAUUCAAAGUGAUAGCUGUACUUCCGCCGUGUUCGAGAUCAGAAUUAUGGAGGAUAGGAAGUGCGUACCUCAUAAUUUAAAAUUCAAACGAAAAAAGGAAGAUGAAGAUGUUAAUAGAGCAGAGGAGGAAUAUGAAGAUGUUUAUAUGACAGCCGAAGAAGAUGAUGAUGUUUAUAUAACAGCGGAGGAAAAAGAAGAUGAUGAUUACACAGAGGAGGAAGAUGAUGUUGUUUACAAAGAGGACGAAGAUGAUGAUGAUGUUUUGACAGAGAAGAAAGACGAUGACGAUAUUUAUACAGAGGAGAAAGACGAUGUUUACACAGAGGAGAAAGACGAUGACGAUAUUUAUACAGAGGAGAAAGACGAUGACGAUGUUUACACAGAGGAGGAGGAUGUUUACAAAGAUGAGGAAGAUGAUAACGAUGUUUACACAGAGGAGGAAGAUGAUGACGAUGUUUACACAGAGGAGAAAGACGAUGAUGUUUACUCAGAGGAGGAAGAUGAUGAUGUUGAAACAAAGGAGGAAGAUGCUGACGAUGUUUACAGAAAGGAGGAAGAUGCUGACGAUGUUUACAAAGAAGAGAAAGAUGAUGAUGAUGUUUACACAGAGGAGAAAGACGAUGAUGAUGUUUACAUAGAGGAGAAAGACGAUGAUGUCUACUCAGAGGAGGAAGAUGAUGAUGUUUACAGAAAGGAGGAAGAUGCUGACGAUGUUUACAAAGAAGAGGAAGAUGAUGACGAUGUUUGCACAGAGGAGAAAGACGAUGAUAAUGUUGUUUACAUAGAGGAAGAUGAUGAUGAUUAUGACACAGAGGAAGAUGAUGUUUACAAUGAGGAGGAAGAUGAUAACACAGAGGAGGAAGACAAUGACGAUGUUUACAGAGAGGAGGAAGAUUAUGAUGUUUACAUAGAGGAGGAAGAUGAUGAUGAUGAUAAUGAUGACACAGAGGAAGACGAUGUUUACACAGAGGAGGAAGACAAUGACGAUGUUUACAGAGAGGAGGAAGAUUAUGAUGUUUACAUAGAGGAGGAAGAAGAUGAUGAUGAUAAUGAUGACACAGAGGAAGAUGAUGUUUACACAGAGGAGGAAGAUGAUGAUGAUAAUGAUGACACAGAGGAAGAUGUUUACACAGAGGAGGAAGACAGUGAUGAUGUUUACACAGAGGAGGAAGAUGAUGAUUAUACAGAGGAGGAAGAUGAUGAUGUUUAUACAACAGAUGAAGAUGAUGUUUAUAUGACAGAUGAGGAGGGAGAUGAUUAUGUUUAUAGAAUACUUCGCUUUAAUGAAACGUAUAUGGGGGGCCUGCGUCCGAAAAACAUAUGUUCCAACAUUAGCAUACAGGAACAUGUUGCGGAAGGAAGCAAAGGCAAUAAAUCAAGGUAUAUUUCCUGUUGUAAAACGCUUGAUGGCGUUGAAGAACUUGGGGCAAUUACGAACAAUUCCAGUCGGGUACGUCGUGUUGUAGAGAUCAAUAUCACAAAGCUUAGUAGGAAGAUUCACAUCGUAGAUCUGACGGACAGAAGGAUUCGAAGAAAACAUAUUGAUCCCGGAUCAAAAGCGUGGAGAUAUGCAGAAAGAUUUGAGGAAGUGCUUUUAAUUCCCACUUCACAUAUUCCUCCAAAAUGUGUUAAAUAUAUUGGCAAAAUUCAUCAUAGAACAUUUAUUCCAAUCGAUGAUGCGUGAUGUAUAAAAUAGCAUUGCGUGCAUUAUUAUGAUCUAUUUGAAGCAGACCAUGUUAUUUCUUAUUUUGUUAAAUACAUCCUUCCGAUUGUCCGUUAUAAAAUGACCUGUACAUGCCAUGAACAAAGCAGUUCUAAAUUAUAAAACUGAAAUACACGAAUAGGAGUAUAAAAAUAGACGAUACAUUGGAAGAAACAGAAACUGUAAUAUCAUACAGAUUUCGAUCUUUUUCAUUAAUGAAACCUUCCACCACAAAAUAUAGUCCCUGCCAAACUCUUUCAAAAUUUGAAUUGAUAAAAAAUUUUUCAACUGGAUAGGUUUCAGCAAUAGAUGUGUGAUAUGUUUGCACCAAUGGGAUCAGUAUUGAACCACUAAAUACUUAGUUGUAGCAUCCUGCGCAGUUGUUCUCAAAAGCUCAGGAGCUAACUUCCUUAAGUUUCACCAAAGUAUCUGCUGUGUAAUUAAAUUAUGUUUAUUCGU